AUGAAUGCGCUUCAGUCCUCAGUGCGUGCGCUGCUUUCCAUCCAUCCACGUGUGAUCACGAACAGGUUCUUUGCAUCUUCACACGUCGGCCAGAACGAGGGUGCCUCGUCAAUAGCUAAUGGUCGGGAUCAUAGGGUUUCUGAAUCACAACCAGAGUCUUCAUGGGGCUCCAACGAUACGAUGGCGGAUGCGGCGGAGCAGCUCGUAACGGAGCUACUUCGAGUACUCUCCAUCGGUCUUCGAAGUGGCGCCGACGUGUGGGAUGUCUUAUGUACUCUGCAACAUAUCCCAGCCCACCUAGCGGAGUUGAAGAGCCACACCGCCGACGAAGGGGCCUCAUCCCCCUCGAAGAGUUCGUUUAGCUUGAACUCGUCCCUAUCGGCUUCCGCAUGGUUGGGCUCGACCAUUGUUGCCUCUCUCGGAGCAUCCCAGGUCUUUUCUUCCGGCCCUACUGGGUCCCGACCUGAGGAGGCUGGGGAGGAUCCUAAUAAGGACACCCUCCAGGACGCGACGCAGCGUCUGUGCCGGCGUCUAAACUUCACCGCCCAACUCGUGCACAUCAUCGAGUCUACCUUCCGAAGUCAACCGAGGCUGGUACGGGCGAGGGCACUACUUCGACUGGCUCUGAACUACGGAUGUUUGCUAGCAUCGCUCGAGCUACUCGCGCGUUUGAACCGCGAUGAGCUGAGGCCCUUGUUUAGUGAACCGGAGCGGAACGUUCUUUUUCACUGCGGGGACGCCAAUCGCGAUGAAGGGGGGGAUCUGUGGGACGUCUUUGCUGUGAUCAUGGCGCCAGUGGGAGGGGUGCCACUCCGCGAGCUGGUGAUUGGUGCGGCGCGCGGUUUUUCGCUCGUGCACUUUAACAUGGUGCUUUUGGUGCCCGAAUUGGAUAAUGAUGCAUCUGAUGGAUACUCUGCGGCAGAGAAGACGGCGGCGGCUCCUCCUCAAGGUCCUGCCGCCAGUUGGCCGUCAAGGGGGAAGAGUUAUCCAAGUUUUUAUCGGCAACUUGAAGACUACUUGAGAGGGACCACGGAUCGCGCGCCCUCUGUACAGACCUUUCUUCAGGCAAAAAGGAAGCUUAUGACGACGGGAUAUUGCCAAUGGGCUAGGGAUCCGAAGGGAGAAGGCGACCACCUAUCGACGCACCAUGCCACAGUGCAGUGGCCAAAUGAAGGGAUGCCAACCGAGGAGCGCCCUCUGAAAGUCAAAGUGCUUCUCUUGGAAUCAUCACGCAACUCGAAUAGCACACGAGGACGUGGGUUGGUGGGCUCUGAAGCCACUGCCGAUUCAGAUGCGGUAUGUGUUGAUGCGGGGUGCGGUGACACCAAGGGUUCGGAUGGCCUAGAGAGUGACUCCAAAGCAAGUACUCGUGGUUCUAAAAGACGACCCAAGGCGCAGAAGAGGCGAUCCAAGGCUAUUGGUGAUACCGCCGUGGUGCCGCACCCAUCGUCGACAUCCUCCGACGCGGAUCAGAAGCGCCGGGAGGAGGCCUAUGUGCAGCAGCAGCGGCUGAACGCUACCCAGAGGCCUGGGAGGGCGUCCAACAUGAUCGAGGCCCUUCGUCAGAUGCGGCAGCAGAUCACGCGGCGGCAAUUAGAGGCGGCAUCGGGCAUCCCGAUCAGCGGCGACACCGCGGCGCAGGAGGAGGGCGAGGAGGGGAACGACGUGGGAGCGGACGCGCUUGGGUCGACCUCCCCUAGAGGCCUUUCAGCUGUGGAGGUUUCCAUGGCGGACAGGGCCUCCAUGUCCGCGGCAGCCGCUGCUGCUGAUUCUUCUCCGGGAUGUAUCCCACCUUGGCGCAUGGCCGCCGAUGGGGCCUCCGUCGAUGUGCUUCUGAAUCACCUGGAAGGCAUGUUAGACCAACUGGAGGAGUCUCUUGGCGUGCCAGAGGGCGACGCUGAUGCCCAUUAA